CUGAUCUCUUCCACUCUCCCAUUUUCGGCAAGAAUCAUGAAAUUACUCGUCACCACAACCACCGCGCUCGCUACGACCCUCAGCUUCGCUGCAUGUAUAGCCGCCCAUAAGAGCGCGGUACCUACACAUACUAGUCCAGGAUGCUCCACAACCACGCUUCCAGACGGUCUCAAACUUGGUCAAUCCAAGUAUGUGAACAUCACGAGUAACAGCGUAAACGGAUCAGCCAGCAUUCGCAGAUACAGAAUCCAUGUGCCCGAGUCGUACGAGCAUGGCGUGCCUGUACCAUUAAUCAUGUCUUUCCACGGCCGCACGCGAACAGCGAAAUCUCAAGAAGCGCUGUCGCAGUUUUCGAAUCAGACAUUUGGAUUUGAGGGAAUUUCUGUCUACCCCCAAGGCCUGGCUUCCGGUAACAAAACCCAAUGGCAAGGCGACCCGGAUCAACCCGCCAGCAUAAACGACGUCCAAUUCACCCUCGAACUCCUCACCCACCUAACCUCAAACUUCUGCAUCGACCUCGCCGCUAUCUACGCAUCCGGGAAAUCCAACGGCGGCGGCUUCACAGGCAUCCUCGCAUGCGAUCCAGUAGCAUCGCAGAAAUUUGCGGCCUUUGCCGCCGUCUCAGGGGCAUUCUACUUGGACCAGACUACUCAGCAACUGCCGCUUUGUAAACCCAAUCUGGAGCAGCGAAGCGCGAUUCCGUUCAUGGAGUUGCAUGGAGCCAAGGAUGAUACGAUUGCGUAUCAUGGCGGAGAGAAUACGAGACAUAAUGCCAAUUCGACAGAUGUGCCUGAGUAUGUGAAUGCGUGGGCGGUGAGGGAUGGAUUGGAUCCGAAUGCGAAUGUUACGGGGACGCUUUGUGAGGGGGACAAGUUGGUUACGACUCACAAGUGGGGAGAGACGUUGCUACAUUACAAGUACGCGAACAUGGAACACGAUUGGAUGAGUCAAUUUGGGAACAGUGAUUCUGAAGUGAACCUGACAUGCAAGGAAGCGGAUGCUACGAGGGUGAUCUUGGAUUGGUUCAAGAAGUGGCGGUUUAUUGAGGCGCCUGUAUACUGA